AUGGCGAAGGCAGACCAGCGCUUUGGGCAGAGAGAUGGCUCCGACCAGAACUUUGACUACAUGUUCAAGCUCCUCAUUAUUGGAAACAGCAGCGUGGGGAAAACCAGCUUUCUGUUCCGCUACGCAGACGACUCGUUCAGCAACUCUUUCGUCAGCACAGUGGGCAUCGACUUCAAAGUCAAGACUGUCUACAGGAAUGACAAGAGGGUUAAGCUCCAGAUAUGGGAUACAGCAGGGCAGGAGAGGUACAGGACUAUCACCACCGCUUACUACAGAGGAGCUAUGGGCUUCAUCCUCAUGUACGACAUCUGCAAUGAAGAGUCCUUCAACGCUGUGCAGGACUGGGCUACCCAGAUAAAAACCUAUUCGUGGGAUAACGCUCAGGUCAUCAUGGUGGGCAACAAGUGUGAUGUGGGCGAGGAGAGGGUGGUGCCCACAGAAAAGGGGAAGCACUUGGCUGACCAAUUAGGGUUCGAGUACUACGAGGCCAGCGCCAAGGAGAACAUUAAUGUCCGCCAGGUGUUUGAGCGGCUGGUCGACAUCAUCUGCGUCAAGAUGUCCGAGCGAGUGGACGUGGAGCCGCCCAUGGUCCCCGGCGUCAAGACUACCAGACUCACCGACAAGCCCCCCCAGCUACCUCAGAAGUGCACCUGUGCCUGA